AUGGCCACUAAGACUACAAGUGAUCGCUUUCUUGAUGCUAAUGAAGAACUUGUAGCAAAAUCAAUACCCAUAAAAAGUUAUGAAAAACAGGCAUUAGUACCAAUUGAAGAGGCUACCAAAACUUUAAAACGUUUGGUAAACAAUCUUGACAAAAUGGUACAAAUGGCAAAGAAAAAUUUCGAUCAAUUAACCAAUCUUACCCAAGACGAAGCAGUUGCUAUCCAUCUGUAUACCAUCAAGUCAAAGAAAUCGGAUACAAGUCUCUCCAUUCAAUUGAAUCGAGCACUUCGCUCAGGAGUGUCAAAACAAACAGAUCCUUGGUCCUCCUAUAUCAAGCUAUUUCUUUCUGCUCUAUGCAAAUUAACACCAUUUGAAGGCAAAAUCUAUCGUGGUUGUCAAGAGAAACCUUGGCUGGAUUGUCAGUAUCAUGUUGGUGAUAAACAAUCGAUUAUGACUCCGGAAAAUCUACAAACUAUAAUGAAUGAUCCCCCCGUAGAUGUCGAUGAUGCUAUAUUAGAUCGUGUUCAAGGAUCUAUGGUUGGUAUGGCCUUGGGUGAUGCACUUGGUGCUCAUGUCGAAUUCCGCCCUCGACAAUAUCUUAUUGAGCAUCCAGUGCGAGACCUUGUAGCUGGAGGGACAUGGGGUCUGAAAAAAGGACAGGUAAUAUGA